AGUAAGUAAAAAAAAAACUCAAUAGAGUCUUCUCUAUUUCACCCACCAUUUUAACAAUCUCUUAUCUUAUUUCACCCCAAAUCUAGAAUUUCUAGGGUUUCAAACCAGAUUUUCCCCAUUCUUCUCCGCGAUUUCUCUGGGAUUCUUCUUCAUCUUCUUCAUCAUCUUCCGUUUCUUCCUCACCAAUUUUCUCACCAACGUGAUUUGGAGUUUCGUUUACAACAAACACUCCCCAAACCUAAUCAACAAAACAGAAGGAAACUUGAAAGCAUGGUUUUUGGUGCGAAGUAGCGUGGUUUUGACGGAAUUGAGGGUUUUUUGUUGGCAAUGAGGAAGAAGAGAAAAGGAAGUGGGGCUGAUGCGUCUGAGGAGAAUCCUGUUAUUUUGGCUGCUUCCAGUCAUGGCUCGAAUUGGAGGUCGCAUUACUCGCUCGAAGAUUGUUCUAGGUUGAAGAAGAGGUGUAAGGAAGAUGCAGAGGCUGAGCUUGCUUCUUCUUAUAAGAGUAGGCUUGCUGGCAUUGCUACCGCGCCGCCGUGUGGGACGUCGUCGCUGAUCACGCCGGGAAGAGGGCUCAAGAGGAAGAUAGGUUGUAUUGAUGUUGCUACGCAGAUGGGCAGGAAGAAGAAGAUUGAGGAUGAUUAUGUUAUGUGCGAAACGAUCGGGCAAGGGAAGUUUGGAUCGGUCUGGCUGUGUCGGUCGAGGGUUAGUGGAGCGGAGUUUGCUUGUAAGACUUUGAAGAAAGGGGAGGAGACGGUUCAUCGGGAGGUUGAGAUCAUGCAGCACUUGUCUGGACAUUCCGGGGUCGUGACGCUGCAAGCGGUUUAUGAAGAAGCUGAUUGCUUUCAUCUCGUGAUGGAGUUGUGCUCCGGUGGACGACUGAUUGAUCAAGUGGUUAGCGACGGCCCGUAUUCGGAGCAGCGGACUGCUAAUUUAAUCAAGGAAGUGAUGUUAGUCGUCAAGUAUUGUCAUGACAUGGGAGUUGUGCACAGAGAUAUCAAACCUGAGAAUAUUCUGCUCACGGCAUCGGGAAAAUUAAAACUUGCAGAUUUUGGCCUGGCAAUGAGAAUUUCAGAAGGUCAGAACUUGACUGGUUUGGCUGGAAGCCCUGCAUAUGUUGCCCCAGAAGUAUUGUUGGGAAAAUACUCUGAGAAGGUUGAUAUAUGGAGUGCUGGAGUGCUCCUGCAUGUUCUGUUGGUUGGCAGUCUUCCUUUUCAAGGAGAUUCAUUAGAAGCUGUUUUUGAGGCUAUUAAGACAGUCAAAUUAGAUUUCCAAGCGGGGAUGUGGGAGUCAAUAUCUAAACCUGCACGUGACCUUCUUGGGAGAAUGCUGACAAGGGAUACUUCAGCAAGGAUAUCAGCUGAUGAAGUACUUCGACAUCCAUGGAUUUUGUUCUACACCGCACAGACAUUGAAGAUGCUGCCUAUCAAAACAAAAACGAAGCACCAAAUUGGUGCUGCAUGCGGACAGCAUAUCACUGCAACUGAACAUAGGUUUAGAGGAGACAGGAUAGAUAAUGGCUCACUUGGAGAGGAACUCUCAUCUUCUGAAAGUUACAAUUCAGAUGACAAGGAAGAAUGUGUUUUGGUUGAUGCGCUUGCCACAGCAAUUUCACAUGUGAGGAUAUCUGAACCAAAGAGAACCAGGUUGUGUGUUCCUACCGGCCCAAUAGUGCAGGAAGGUUCAUCUAACAUGAAGGCUAACAAUCUCUGUAAAGCAUUUUGACAUACUGACAGGCUGACACAACUAGCUUGACUGUUGGAGCUGGGGUUCUAGAAUUUACUUCCCCCAGCAUAAGUGGAUUUUACAUGCUGACAUCUUAAUGUUAGGUUGGCCUGGGUGCUACUUCCUCUCGAAGAUCCUUUUUAGUGAGAUAUAAUUGCAGUAUUUGUUUUGCGUCCCUUUGCUCAUUAAUAAUGGUGACUGAGGAGACUGAAAUAAUGUACAGCAUAUGUAAAUAGGAAGUUAAUGUAUCCCUGCCCUGUUCUUGAUCUUGCUGCAGGUUGACUUAUACAUAUAGAUUAUGUUGUGAUUUUACUUGGGAAUGUUUUUGUGGAUCUUUGGAUUAUUUUAGCUCUUUCAAGAGGAAGCAUAUGUUCUUCCCUGCAGAAAAUUCUACAAUACAUAUCCUUAAUUUUUGUUGA